AUGCCCUCCCGGUCAAGUCGAACCCUGGGCGCCGCAUAUAACGACAGGCCACCAGAGAAGAGAAGCCACUUCUAUAACAAAGCAAAUCGGGAGUUGCUUCGAGCAGAUACCCAGCUUCAGAAAAUGGAGCACGAUCCUGACAUGCAUGAUCGCCUAUACGUGGCCGGCAAUGAGCGAGUGGACCACGUUUACGACUAUGUCCCCAGAGGGCAUCACCCUGUUUACCUUGGUGACUACAAUCAGUCGGCAACGGCUGCGAUCUCUGGGCUCUUGUUAUACACUCAUGCAGAUACGUACCGGAGAAAGAUGUUUGGAACAUGUGACGAGGAUCCGGAUGACUAUCUCUUUCAAAUCGUCCCCUGUUGGAAGGCUCCCAGAGCCAUGGUGGACAAGGUGGGAGAAUUGCAAGAAUUAUUUGGGGACGAGAUGGACUCACGUGUGCAAUUUCUACCUGCCAUCCUGAUGAUGUCAUCCCGCAAGACACCCGUUAACUUAGUAGCUCAGACUUCUGUACUCCGUCUUCCACAAGCUGAUCACUCACACCUCGACCAUCGCGACCUCCAGCAACACUCCUCCCAGCCAGUCCUCCCAAUGGCCACCACCCCGUCCCUCCUCGCCGCCCCGGCCCCGACUCCCCAGCAACCCCCCUCCGCCGCCGACACCUUCGCCUUCCCCGCCCCGCACUCCUUCCCGCCCUUCUUCACCCUCCAGCCCAACACCCAAACCCUGCUCUCCCAGCUCCAAAAAUGGUCCGCCCUGAUCCAGUCCUACUGCCGCCACCACCGCCUCUACCGCCUCUCGCUCGUCGACGCCCUCGACUCCGCGCUGUUUCACAAUAGGACUAUCCGGCGACGGCUGAGUCUGGCGGACGCUAGGAAGGUGCUGGACUGGAUGUGUAGCGCCGAGGGCGGCCGGAGGGCCGAGUGGGUGGGCGGGGAGGCGGGUGGGAAGAGUGCGGCGUGGAUUUGGUGGAGGAGGCCGGAGGAGUGGGCGGGUGUGAUUGCGGAUUGGGUUGAGGAGACGGCGCAGAAGAAUACGGUUCUUACGCUUUACGAGCUGAUUGAGGGCGAGGCGACGAUAUCGCAAGAGUUCCACGGCAUGGAUCCGGAUGUGCUGCAGAAGUCGCUGCACACUUUGGUAAAGCGUGGAAAGGCACAGGUGUUUGGAAGCGAAGACCAGCAAGGCGUCAAAUUCUUCUAA